AAACCUGAUUGGCCCCCUCUUCGCCAAGACAUCCUUUGGGAUUUUAGCCCACCACUUGAUUCUGCAAUUCAGUUCAGGUCCUUUCAUCAUUGAACAGCACCUCACGGCAUCAAUCAUUGCGGCAAGAUGACCAACCUCCGCACUCAGAAGCGCCUUGCGGCCGCUGUCGUCGGCUGCGGCAAGCGCAAGAUCUGGCUCGACCCUAAUGAAGCCAACGAAAUCUCCAACGCCAACUCCCGGCAGACGAUCCGAAAGCUGGUCAGCGAUGGCCUCAUCAUCCGCAAGCCCGUUGCCAUGCACUCCCGAUCUCGUGCCCGAGAAUUGAAUGCCGCAAGAAGAAUCGGCCGUCACCGAGGUUUCGGUAAGAGGAAGGGUACUGCGGACGCCAGAAUGCCAAGCCAAGUUCUAUGGAUGAGACGUCUGCGUGUUCUCCGCCGCCUUUUGGCCAAGUACCGAGCUGCUGGCAAGAUCGAUAAGCACCUGUACCACGAACUCUACCAGCUCAGCAAGGGUAACACCUUCAAGCACAAGCGUGCUUUGGUUGAACACAUUCACAAGGCCAAGGCCGAGAAGCAACGUGAGCGUAUCCUCAAGGAAGAGAUGGACGCCAAGCGUGCGAAGACGAAGGCUGCCCGUGAACGACGACAAGAAAGAAUCCAGACCAAGAGAACUGCCAUGGCUGGUGAGGCCGAGGAGGAACCUACUAAGGAGGAAUAGAGGAGAAGUACGUCGGUCAAUAUCUGUGAUUUGGCGGCAAAUUCAUCUUCG